AUGCGAGGUGCUCGCGCUGCAUGCGCCCUCGGGGCCAUAUUCGGAGGCCUACUACUAUCUGGAGCCAAAGCAGCACAGAUGAAAGUUAGCAGCUUCGACGGCAAAGUCACGGACGAUGAAUUAAAGUCAUUCAAUGAUUUCGUUACUACGUUGAAACCCGCUACCGACAACAUAAAAAACGAAUGGGCGCAAGGGCACAGCGGAGAGCAGACGAAGGCAAUGGGUCUAGUCUAUCAAAUAGCUGGACAACAAGAAACCCUCGAUCAGAUGCUCCGUUUCUGUGAUGCUGUCUUGUCUGAAAGGAACGACCUGGCUAAAAAGCCGGUCGGUGGAUACAAGAUUUGGACGGGAGCAGUUGACCCUGUCUGGCCCAACAAUGUUACUCAGAACCCAAUCCAAACCGGCGGAGAGCAGGGCGAUCCGGUUGGGCACUUGGCCAGCUGUGCCUACCUUAUCCUAAAGACGAACAAGAUUUAUGAUCAGAAAGUCACUAUCGGCGAUCCCAACAACUACGGCGCUACUUAUGUAGAGCGAGCCAAGACCUACCUCAAGGAGGCAGACACUGCGAUGAACAAUCACAUUCUAAAGAGGCUUCUGGACGUCUCGAACGGGAACAAGAUGUACUUUGCGAAGGAUGCCCCUUAUAUGGGCGGGAAUCCCGUUCCUUGGAACCAACAGAUGAUGUUUAACUACGCGUUCCUAAAUCUUGUCAAUGCGCAUAAGAUUCUCAACGACAACCCUACACUCGCCGGGAAGUACAAGUCAAUCCUCUCCGCUAGCAUAGAUUGGUUCUUCAAGGGAGGUGGUGCAGUCACCAAGAAGAGCAAGAAGGGUAAUCCAAUCUACGACUGGGGUUACACCAUGCCAAAGACCAGCGGAGAAGACUCGAACCAUGGCGCAUUAGAUGUCGCGGGUUUCGCUCGUACUUAUAUCAACGGCAAUUAUGGAAUCACGGCAGACCAGAUGAAGACUCUUGCAAAUAUGUUCGUUGAUGUUAUGACUUUGGGAAACAAGAAAUACGCCGGGACGGUAGAAGGACAAUCCAAGCCAUCCGGUCAUGCUGCAGCUACCAAUUACGUCCGCAGCGGAUAUCUCUUCUUGGCUGAGUUCCGACCAGAUGCGUACCAGGAUAUGAUGUCCGCGGAUCUAACGGUUGGCAAGGGUACUUCCAGUGCUGAUGCAUUCUCCCGCUUCCUCUGGGUGAAACAUCAACGUUCUGGUGCGAAAUCAACUAGAGAAGCGAAGGCGACCUUCUGUAAGCGGGGAGAAGAGCCAUGUGGAUAUGGUGCUCCUUGA